GGGAAAUGGUUAAACAUGCAAUUCGAUUUUAUUUUAUUUGUGAAAAACCAAACAAAACAACUAUUUAGUCAACACAAAAGGUCAGAUUGGAAUUGAACUUGACUAAACAUUAUUUUUUGUACUCACAAAUUGUGGAUGAAUUUAUAAGUGAACAAUUGUAUUCCUUUCUUAUGAAAUGCAUACCUUUUGAUAAUAAUAUUAAUACCAGAAGUGCUGUAAAGUAACAGAGAUUUAUAUAAAAUGCAUACAAAAUUGAUUAUAUAGAUUAAAGUGUACAAAUACAUGCUUAUGAAGUUGUUGAUGGAGAAAAAGUUUCGAGUUCUGUAAAUUCAGUGAAAAUUAGUACAUUGGAAUUUUGCACAAACUGACUUUGCAAUGCAGCAAAAAGUGAAUAUUUUACAUGACAGUCAAACAGAAAAGUUGUCAACUAUGUGAAAUGUCUCCUUUAGAUCUAUUCUGAGAAAUCUAAAAAUAGAUUUAUUCUAAAACCUAGCGGAUUUUUCAAUAGCUUUUAGGUACACCCCUCCAUGUUGGUCCCCUUUUACCUUCAGAACUGCCUUAAUACUUGGUGGCAUAAAUUCAACAAGGCACUAGAAACAUUCCUCAGAGAGUUUGGUCCGUAUUGACAUGGCAGCAUAUCAUAGGCUGUGGGUUGGAACCAUGCUCAGUUGGUAAUGAAUGGUUAUUUGAGUUCCUGUUUCCUAUUUAUCAGCUGAAACCAGUAAAUAUCCUAGUAGAUUAGUAGUUUCUGCAUGACUGCGACCAACCCAUCUGGCACCAACAACCAUGCCACGUUCAAUAACAGUGAAGUCAUAUUUUGUCUCUAUUUUGUUGCUCAGAUUGAACUGCAGCAUAUUGUCUUGACCAUGUCUACAUGGCUAAGUGCAUUGAGGUGCUGUCAUGUGAUUGGCUGAUUAAAAAUGUGCGUUAACAAGCAGUUGGACAGGUGUGUCUAAUAAAGUGGUCAGUGAGUGUAUAUAACAUAACAUAUAGUUUCAUUAUCAAAUAUUAAAGAACAGUAACAUGCUUAUACAUCUUCCCCAUCUCCAAUCUCUACUCAUCUCCAAUCAACAUUUCUCAAAUUGAAAUCCUUCUCAGAGACAGAAUCCCACUUCAACACAAAAAACUACAAAUAAGGCAGAAUAUAUAUUAUAAUAGCCAGUAGACUGCACUUAUUUGUAGACAAGAUUUUUAUCCUUGUUUUUCUUUUUCACUCUGUUCUAUUCUUUCUUGCUUGCUUGAUUACUUUCUUUUUCUUUUCUUACUUUGGUCUGUAAGUUAUGGUGUCCUUUUAAGUUAACUAUUUAGAUCUUAACCAACGCUACAUCUGCCACCAUUAAUCAAGGGUUCUUUAGACUGACCCUUUUAUUCCUUGAAGUAUUAUCAUUACUAUAAAUAUGCGUCUAUCUUUAACUGGUGUAUGCUAGACUUAAUCUCUGUGGCAUUAAUUUGAUCACUCUCUGCUCUAUAAAAAGGAGAUUACUUUGUUGGACUUGAGCCUUUCCUCCUGUAUUCCGAGCCAGCCCAGCUGAAAAGCCUCAGAGGCUGGGCAGGUCUGAACGGAGGCCCGUAGAUGGCCGGUUUUUCAGAUGAGAAGGAACAGCUCAUGGACAGAGGCUGAAAAGCCGGGGCAGAGUGAUGACAACGACUGACGGCUGCACAGUCAAGAGACACUCUGCGCUUCCAUUCUACUGGAGGCUCAGACAGAGACAUGCGAUCCGAACCAGACCCGGAGUUCCAGCUCUCUGCCUGCUCAGCACCCUCGUCUAAGAUUCCAAAGAAGACAGAGGCAGGAGGUGCUUCUUUACUCCCUCCUUCCUCUGAAAGUUCAGUGCUCCAGUUUGAAUUCCCUGGGGCAUGUUUUGUGGUCGGGGUCAAGACCGGGGUCGCAUCGGCCAAGUUGAUAAAGAACAAGAGAAACUGGAGUGGCUGCCACGGUUUCUAAAGGUUUAGAGUCUGGGGUCUCUGGAUAUGCAGACCACGACACAUGCCAUAUCUGAAUGUGUUAUCUAGAAUUAGUCUGCCGUGCCACUUCCUGUUGAGCAACUUCAUCGCAGCUGUUCCGCCUCACCACUGCGACAUCAGAGGUAUCGAGGAUGGAGGGUUAUUCGGAAACUUAACCUUCAACCAAAAAGUCAUUGUUGGCAUUCCAACAGAGCGAGAUGGGGCUCCAAGCUCCUGCUUAAUGUUUACAAAUCCUCAGUACCAGUAUUUGUUCAGCUCAAACACCAGCGAGGAGACAUAUCCUGUCAAGUGUCAAAAUGGAUGGGUCUAUGACAAAAGCAUCUUUCGGUCUACUUUGGCAACAGAGUGGGAUCUGGUGUGCAACAAAAAAUGGAUGAACAAAGCAACCGCUACUGUUUUCUUCAUCGGUGUUAUGACUGGAGCACCUCUGUUUGGAUAUCUGAGUGACAGGUUUGGACGACGGCCUCUGCUGCUGGUGUCCUAUCUGUCCUCACUCACCUUUGCUAUUCUCAGUGCAGUCUCAACGUCAUUUGUCAUGUUUGCCAUUAUGAGGUUUCUCACUGGGAUAUCCCUUGCAGGAAUAAGCAUUAUCUCUAUUGCCUUAAAUAUUGAAUGGUGUAGUACCAAACACAGGACUUUUUCUGGUAUAAUCAUUAGUUUGGAUUGGACACUUGGAAACUGGCUUUUGGUAGGGAUUGCUUAUGGGAUAAAUGAGUGGAGAACGCUCAUUCUGGCUGCAACUUCACCCUUAAUUCUGGCUGUUAUGGUUUGGAGAUGGCUUCCAGAGUCUGCUAGGUGGCUUAUAGCAAAUGGAAAAGCAGAAGCUGCUCAGUAUUACAUGAUGAAAUGUGCUAAGAUGAACAAAGGAUCCAAGGGCCUCACCACCAUCAUACCCGAAGCAUUACUGGAAUCUGUGGAAAGUGAACGUGAAGGAAAGAAGUUCACUGUUGCAGACCUUUUCAAAACACCAAACAUGAGAAAACUUGCAAUAUGCACAGGGAUUGUUUGGUUUGGAGUUGCCUUUACAUAUUACGGAAUUACUCUGAAUAUUUCGGGAUUUGGACUCAACCCUCACCUGACACAAUUUAUAUUUGCAUCAAUUGAAAUGCCGAUGAAGAUUGCAGUUUAUUUCUCUUUAGAAAAACUUGGAAGAAGGCGUUGUGAGGUCACAGCCCUUCUGGCCACUAGUCUCCUCCUCUUCAUCAAUAUUUUUGUUUCUAAAGAAAAAUGGCUCAUUCGUACCAUUGUGGGAGUUCUCGGAAAAUCCACAUCAGAGGCCUCAUUCACAAUAAUGUACCUUUAUACGACUGAACUCUAUCCCACAGUAGUACGACAGAAUGGUUUAGGCUACACUGCGUUUUUGGCACGCCUGGGUGUGUCCGUCUCCCCACUGGUCGUUCUAUCAGAAGAAGCAUGGCACCUACUCCCAGCAUGCAUUUAUUGUGCGGUGGCUCUCGGCUCAGGUGUGAUUGCUUCACUCCUGCCUGAAACAUUAGACGCUCAAUUGCCAGAGUUCAUUGAAGACAUUGAGAAAACCAGGAAACAAUCUGUGAGGAGGGAAGAGAUUCAAUCAAACAUGCACGAUGACCUGUUACCAACCCUUUCUGCUUAGCUUCGUGAAAUACAAAACGCAUGUUUUAUCCUGUUUUUUUUUUAUCCUGGCAAAAUCAUGACUAAACCCAAUAAAUCAUUUACCUAAAA